AUGAAAAUUAAAAAAUUAUUUUUAAUUUUAUUAUUUAUUUUUGUUUUUAUUAAAUUAUCAUUUGAAACUGAUGAUGAUGAUGAUUAUAACAAGAACUUAAAAAGGCGACGAAGGAAAGCAAGAGGAAGAAUAAAGAAACAAAAAUUACAAGAAAAAUAUGUAGAAGAACAAGGAGAAGGAGAGCAAGAAGUAAAACAAUACCAACGGCAUCAACAACAGCAACAAGUACUUUAUCAACAAGAAGAAGAAUAUAAUUUACCAACCUGUUCUUGUCGUCGAAAAAUACCAUUGAACUUAUUUGGAAAUAUUCCCGAUUCAGAAUAUAGCUUUGAAUUUGACAUCUAUUUGACAUCUAUGGCAACAUUAGAGGGUUAA